CUUUCGCGGUUGCUCAGCCGCGAAGACCGAAGACCAGAGCGCAGGCUGAGCCGGCCAGCGGGCAGGAAGGAGCCCAGACUUGCCAUGAGUAAAAGCAAAUGCCCAGUGGGGCCCAUGUCCCCCACAGCGGCCCCAGUUAAGGAGCCCAAUGCCACGGGCCCCAAGGAGGUGGAGCUUGUCCUGCUCAAGGAGCAAAAUGGGGUGCAGCUCACGAACUCCACCCUCAUCAGCCCCCCACGCAUGCCUACGGGGACCCAGGAGCGGGAGACCUGGGGCAAGAAGAUCGACUUCCUCCUCUCCGUCAUCGGCUUCGCAGUGGACCUGGCCAACGUCUGGCGGUUCCCCUACCUGUGCUACAAAAAUGGCGGUGGCGCCUUCCUGGUCCCCUACCUGCUCUUCAUGGUCAUCGCCGGGAUGCCGCUGUUCUACAUGGAGCUGGCCCUCGGGCAGUUCCACAGAGAAGGGGCCGCUGGUGUCUGGAAGAUCUGCCCCCUCCUGAAAGGCGUGGGCUUCACGGUCAUCCUCAUCUCGCUGUACGUGGGCUUCUUCUACAACGUCAUCAUCGCCUGGGCGCUGCACUACCUCUUCUCCUCCUUCACCGCGGAGCUGCCCUGGACCCGCUGCAACCACACCUGGAACAGCCCCCGCUGCUCCGACGCCCGAGCAGGCAGCUCCAGCAACGGCACGGGCCUCAACGCCACCUUCGGGACCACGCCUGCUGCCGAGUACUUUGAGCGUGGCGUGCUGCACCUCCACCAGAGCCGUGGCAUCGACGACCUGGGCCCCCCCCGCUGGCAGCUCACGGCCUGCCUGGUGCUGGUCAUCGUGCUGCUCUACUUCAGCCUGUGGAAGGGGGUGAAGACCUCGGGGAAGGUGGUGUGGGUCACCGCCACCAUGCCGUACGUGGUCCUCACCGCCCUGCUCCUGCGCGGCGUCACCCUCCCUGGAGCCGUCGAUGGCAUCAGAGCGUACCUGAGCGUCGACUUCUACCGGCUCUGCGAGGCGUCUGUCUGGAUAGACGCUGCUACCCAGGUGUGCUUCUCCCUGGGCGUGGGCUUCGGGGUGCUGAUUGCCUUCUCCAGCUACAACGCGUUCACGAACAACUGCUACAGAGACGCCCUUGUCACCACCGCCAUCAACUCCCUGACCAGCUUCUCCUCGGGCUUCGUCGUCUUCUCUUUCCUGGGCUACAUGGCACAGAAGCACAGUGUGCCCAUCGGAGACGUGGCCAAGGACGGGCCAGGCCUGAUCUUCAUCAUCUACCCUGAGGCGAUUGCGACCCUCCCGCUGUCCUCGGCCUGGGCUGUAGUCUUCUUCAUCAUGCUGCUCACCCUGGGCAUCGACAGCGCCAUGGGCGGCAUGGAGUCGGUGAUCACGGGGCUCGUCGACGAGUUCCAGCUGCUGCGCCGGCACCGCGAGCUCUUCACGCUCUCCGUCGUCCUGGCCACCUUCCUCCUGUCCCUCUUCUGUGUCACCAACGGCGGCAUCUACGUCUUCACGCUGCUAGACCACUUUGCGGCUGGCACGUCCAUCCUCUUCGGGGUGUUCGUCGAAGCCAUUGGGGUGGCCUGGUUCUACGGCGUCGGGCAGUUCAGCGACGACAUCAAGCAGAGGGCCGGGCGCCGGCCCAGCCUGUACUGGCGGUUGUGCUGGAAGCUGGUCAGCCCCUGCUUCCUGCUGUUCGUGGCUGUGGUCAGCGUGGUGACCUUCAGACCGCCCCACUACGGCACCUACACCUUCCCCGACUGGGCCAACAUGCUGGGCUGGGCCAUCGCCACCUCCUCCAUGGCCACAGUGCCACUCUACGCGGCCUACAAACUCUGCAGUCUGCCCGGCUCCUUCCGAGAGAAACUGGCCCACGCCAUCACGCCCGAGAAGGACCGUGAGCUGGUGGACAGAGGGGAGGUGCGCCAGUUCACGCUCCGCCACUGGCUCCUGGUGUAGCGUGCGAGAAGAUCCCCACAGAGGCUGCCUCGCCGCGGACGGGCACACGUGAACAGGGGAUCUGCGUGUCCAGGAAAGGAGGGCCACGCCUGCCCUGUCCACUACCGAAACCACAAGUCAUGUCAGCCUCUUCUCUUCCGACUCUGCGGGCCAGGCAGAGUCCCUGUGUCUGUCCUGUGUCGCCAUGGUAACCACGUAGCUCCCCCAUUCCCACAGGGCAGAAGAGCACCCAGCUCCCUGUCUGUCCCUGCGAGGUGGCCCCUGCUGCACUAUGCCCAACUCCCUGCCCCCCCUGCAAUGUCCCACUGUCCCUCUGUGGUCCAGAGAGGAGCUGCGUGUUUGUGAGCACGCUAUGCUGGGUGCACAGCCAUCAUGUCUCCCACUGUCACUCCCGGGCCCGACUCCCAGGAGCCUCCUCUCGCCCCAUCUUCCAGGCGCCCUGGUCCCCCCACCCUGUCCUCCCGGCGCCCUGGCCCCCUCGCCCAGUCCCUAGGUGCCUGUUCGCUGUGCACUGAGACACCCAGGCCAUCCAUCUCGCGCAUAUUAAAGAAGCCACCCCUGUGUGUCCACUCGUGCAGAGGGCGGGAGGCCACACAUGCAGGCCCUUCCUGGUGCCUGGCCGGGAGGUGAGCAUCGCACCCACGUGUCAUACACAAGCUUCUGCUCAGAACCACCAGAGGACAAGCGCCCAGGCUGUGGGGCUGGGGCUUACCUUGCUGGCCACUUAAGACCCUCCUGGGACCAGCUCGGGCUGCGGCCACUGCCCACUCACUGGGACACCCAGCCUUGGAGCGAGCACUCCUGUGCCAAGGCAGCAGGCAGCUGGGGACAGUCCUCGGGAGAGCCCGCUGCAACCUCACUGCUCUCGGGCACACGCACACGCACAUGCUGGGCUGCUCCACCUGUGCCCUGACGCCAACCGACACCCAGGUGGGCCGGGCUCUGCAGCCCCAGGUCUAUGCUUCGGUUUUUGUGUGUGAGAAUGAUCCAGCAGGGCCACUUGAAGGGCCACCAAAGGCGACUUCCCAUGGCCCUGUGCCUGCCCCGGGGAGGGAGGGUGCAUUGGCGUUCACGCCUCCAGGGUUCACCAGCCUUGCCCCGCACAGGGCGCCACACCCUCAGGAUGGGCAGGGCGGGCCUCCCGGAGCCUGUCUGGCCCUCUCGCAGAAGGGCAUGAGCACCAGGGCCAGGGUUCAGUCCUGGAGGGAAACGCCCUGUGGACCACGUGACUGUGGGCAUCACCGAGAGGACUCGGGCCGGCCGAGGAGGACCACCGUCAAUGUCUGUGUCUCGCGUCAGUACCUCGUGUGGGGGCUGAGAUAAUAAAAGCAACCGGCCUUGGGGAGAUGGCCUCGCCGUUUGCCACGUGUGCUUGGUCCAGCCUUCAUAAAGACCCCAGGUCCCUGCUCACCCUGGGGAGGGACAGUCCCACCAGCAUGUCCCCCCUUCACCCAUAGGGC